UCCGCUCGGUUGCGCUCCAGGACCUCUGGGCGCUCGGCGCUCGCGGGAGGCGGAGGGUCCAGUCCUUACCCGGCGUUUGCCCUUUCGGCCCCGCCUGUUCCCUCACGGCCCGGGGCGGCCUCUCCGCGGAGCGCGCCCUCGUCCCGCCGCGGCAGCCGCCGCCGAGCCUGCGCGGCCGUGUGGGCGUCUAUCUCGGCUGCGCACGGGCGUCCGCUCCCCCACCGCCUCCCUUGCAGCGGCGCAGAUAAGGACGCGGCUGGGGGCUCGCGCGCGGCCGCCGGACCUCCCACUCGCCUCGCUCUUGGGGACCCGCGCGGACGCUGCGCCCCCGAGCCUUCUGUGGGGCCCAUCCGGGGCCGUUUGGGUUUGGAAGAUGACACAACACCCUGUUGCCUUUUUUCUCUGGCAGCCGACCAGUGAGUGAAAAGUAUGACAACAAGUUUAAUGUUUGUGUCUGCUUCCCCAAGGCCAAGAAAUUAUCUCCUUAGAAGGCAACAGUACUAUGCAUGUUAUGAAUUGUGUCUCCUUGGUCAGCGAUAAGAAAAUGGGACCGAUCACCAACGGCGCUGGCUUCAUGAUCGGGAAACAGCACCGCCGAGGCCCUCCUCCUCCUCCUCCUCCUCCCCCCCCUCCACCUCCAUCAUGUCCCUAUUCAGGGGAGGGCUUUCCUCCCUCUCCUCCCCCUCCCCCCCCACCUCCACUCCCCGGGGGGCCUCCACUCCCACCUCCCCCUCCAGGACUACCCCCAUCUUCUCACCUGAAUGGCUAUAGCCACCUUGGGAAGAAAAGGCGCAUGAGAAGCUUUUUUUGGAAGACCAUUCCAGAGGAGCAAGUACGUGGCAAAACCAACAUCUGGACUUUGGGCAGGCAGCAGCAUCACUACCAAAUUGACACAAAGACCAUCGAGGAGCUCUUUGGACAGCAAGAAGACACUACUACCAAGUCCUUCCCUUCUAGGAGAGGAGGAGCCUUAAAUUCAUCCUUCAGGGAGGCUAGGGAAGAGAUUACGGUCUUGGAUGCAAAACGGAGCAUGAACAUUGGGAUAUUUCUUAAGCAAUUUAAGAAGUCUCCUCAGUCCAUCGUAGAAGAUAUUCAUCAGGGAAGGAGUGAGCAUUAUGGAUCAGAGACCUUGCGAGAAUUUCUUAAGCUUUUGCCGGAGUCAGAGGAGAUAAAGAAAUUGAAAACAUUUAGUGGAGAUGUGUCCAAGCUGUCCCUGGCGGACUCCUUUCUGCACUACUUGAUUCAGGUGCCAAACUAUUCACUUCGGAUUGAAGCCAUGGUGCUAAAGAAAGAAUUUUUACCUUCGUGUUCUUCUCUGUACACAGACAUAACAAUUCUAAGAACCGCGACUAAAGAGCUGAUGCUGUGUGAGGAGCUACAUUCAAUAUUACACUUGGUGCUCCAGGCAGGGAACAUCAUGAAUGCAGGAGGGUAUGCUGGCAAUGCAGUAGGAUUUAAACUGUCUUCUUUGCUCAAAUUGGCAGACACAAAAGCAAACAAACCUGGGAUGAAUCUUCUGCACUUUGUUGCACAGGAAGCCCAAAAGAAAGAUGCCAUUCUUCUAAACUUUUCUGAAAAAUUGCACCAUGUUCAGGAGGCUGCUAGAUUAUCUCUGGAUAACACGGAAGCAGAACUGCACUCACUCUUCAUCAGGACGAGAUCUCUGAGGGAAAACAUUCAGCGGGAUGGUGAACUCUGUCAGCAGAUGAAAGAUUUCCUGCAGUUUGCUGUGGAAAAGCUGACAGAACUGGAGCGCUGGCAGCAGGAGCUCCAGGACGAGGCCCACACCCUUAUUGAUUUUUUCUGCGAAGACAAAGAAACCAUGAAACUGGACGAGUGCCUUCAGAUAUUUAGAGACUUUUGUGUCAAAUUCAACAAAGCGGUUCAGGACAACCAGGACCGGGCAGUGCAGGAGCUGAGGAGGCUGCAGCGGCUGAAGGAGCUGGAGCAGAAGCGUUGCUCCUGGGCGGCUGGGGAGCUUGGGGCGUUCUGCCGGAGCAGCAGUGAGAACGACGUGGAACAGCUGACUAAGAAGGGCGCGGAAGACCUGUCCCCCUUCCUGCAGCCCAGGCCCAUCAGCCCCUCCUACCGACCUCCCAACACACGCCGCUCCCGCCUUUCCCUAGGCACGUUUGCAGACCGGGAGCUGCUGACCUUCCUGGAGUGUUCCACCGACAGCCCCGAGGAGCCCAGCAAAUUCAACAGCUUGCCCCGGAGCAGCACCCGGCAGGCCCGGCCCACGAUGGCCUGGUUGGAGCCCAGAGACCGGAGAGUCCAGGACCCCAGCGGAGCACAGACACCACAGGCCUCAGAGGGCCAGCGGGGGGCCCCCGAGCCACCCUCAUCUUGGCAGAGCCAGCAGCUCCUGGUCCCCAGGCCUGAGGACCCCAAACCCCCUAUCCCCCGAGUUCGGCGCAGUGGGGUGGGCAUCCUCCGAAAGAGGAAUAGUGAGCCGGUGGGCCUCGGCCCGGCCCGGUCCCCUCCACUCUCCCCAUUGGCUCUGGGGAUUAAGGAGCACGAGCUGGUGACAGGGCUGGCUCAGUUCGACCUUCAGGGAUCCAAGAGCCCAGAGGAGGUGCCCCGAUUGACCCUGAAUGACCUCAGUCCCGUGGAGCUGGCGUCUCUGGGGGAUGGAAGCGUGCAGUCCCUUGGUGCCAGCCACGACGGCCUGAUGCCUGUGGACACCGGUAUCCCGGGUGGUCUCAGCCCAGCCUUGGAAGGGGACGGGACUGCCCCUGAGGAUCCUAGCAGCAAGCCUGUAGUAUCUGUGGGCAGCAGUGACCCUGACAGCAAAGACCCUGGGCCUCUGUUCUACAUCUCCGAUGCCACCGACUGCUCACUGACCCUGGACUGCUCGGAGCCGGGGGAGGUGCCCGGGGCGGAUGGCUCCUUGUCCUCUGGAGCUGGGGAGACGGGCAGCCAGGUCUCCUCUCACCCCACUUCCAGCCCCCUCGGGGAGGCUUUGGCUCCAGUCUCUGGGAAGAGCCAGCCCUCCUGCAAGGACAGCCUUCCCAAGGACAGACCCGCCAAAGGGAAGGAUGUGACAGCACCGAAGAGAAACUCCCUCAAAGAGGCGUCUCCGGGGACCUCGAAGCCUGCCAGUGUCCGUCGGAACCAGGGGUCCCAGGGGGCGGCGCCCAAGCCGGUGAGGACCUUGACCGCCUCUGAGAGUGAGAGCAUGCGCAAAGUCGUGCCCAUCUCCAGGUCGAGCCGCGGCUCGGUGGUCUGGAAGCGGCCCCCUCGGGAGACCCCCAGCAGCACAGACGCGCCGUGGUCCCGCCGGAGCUCCGUGCGGGGGACCUCAGACGUGUCGCCCAAGCGGUCCGCGGCGGGGGCGGAGGAACAGAGGCUGGCGAGGGUGAGCGGCGGCUCCGGCAGCGCUAGGUCGGGGAAGGACCCCCCCCUGCAGCAGAAGGGCUCUCUCAAGAAGCCCAGCGCCAAGCCCCUCAGGAACGUCCCCAGGCAGAAGCCCGACGAAAACAAGACCUGCCGCUCCAACUCCCAGGAAGAUAUCCCCGAAGAGGAGCCCAAGGCCCCGCCGGCCCCCAGUGUCCCCCGCACCCCGCCCCCUGUGCCGAGCUUUGCUCGAAACACAAUUGCCUCCUCCUGUCGGUUCAUGAGAGCGGAUUCCUCUCCUGUGGCCAAAGCCCCCGGCAUCACUCGGACGGUUUCCCAGCGUCAGCUGAGGCCCAAGGGUGGCCCUGAGGAUGCUGCCCCCAAGGACAGCAGCACCCUGCGGCGGGCCAGUAGCGCCCGGACCCCUAAAAAGUGUCCAGAGUCUGCUGGGGCUCCCAGUGUCAACACAGAGGCCCCUGGGAAGGGCCGGGGGGCUGGGGAAAGGGCCUCCCUCAGACUGAGAAACUCCGAUCCGACCACGCUAGGGAAAAUGCUCGAUCCCUUACGGAAGUGAAGUCUGAUCGUGAGGACUGACUCCUGGGAAGGGACGGCACCGCAUGUCCUUGUUCCACAUAAAGUGAUCCACGCGUGCCGCCGGCUAACGCUCAUGUCACCAGAGGUGAGGUCCGGGAAGCCUGUGGACCGCCACCGGCUGCGCUGACGUCUACUGUAAAGUCCCAAGUCUGGGCGGCUGCCCGCUACUCUUCACGGCUGGCAUCUCCCUCCCACACCCUGGAGGAACCCCCUCCCCUCCAUGAAGAUGUGUAAGCUGGCAGUCUUCCCUACAGAGUUUAAAAAAAAAAAAAAAACUGGCCAGUUUUUAUAUGUCAAGCUUAUUUUUAAAUAUUAUAAAAAUGAAGUUUUAGUUCCUUUUGCAGAACGAAAGGCCUCCUAGGAAAAAGAGACAAAAACCCUGAACAAGAAGACAUUUUUAUUGUGUUUCCUGGUCUCAGGGUGCCUUCCACCUGCCCACACCCUGUCCAUUGCUGGCAGCCGGACUUCUCUGCAAGCCCUGGGUGUUCUGUGAUUGGCACCGUCUCCCUGAAGGCACUCUGCCUUGCUCACCUCUCCGUGUGUGACUCUGGGUGAGGGUUUGCGUGCGAGCAGGAGGGGAAGUGAGACUGGUGGAUAGAAAUCGGAUGCUGUCCUGUGUUCAGGGCGGGCACCAGGGCAGUGCCUUUCCUGCAGACGAACAGCAGCCCCUGGCAGAAGCGGGAUCUCCCCGAACUUAGAAGGGCCAUAUCUUAAUGGAGAGGCAUCAGGGGCACUUCAGCUGAGCACACCUUUCCCUUCUGUGUUUUCCCAUUUGUGUCUCUGUUCUGAAACUGAGUGAAGGCUGCUAGGACUUGGGUUCGCUCUAGUUACAGGGAAGAAUAAACCCUUCUGUGUCCCAGUCUUGUCCCUCCCUCCUCUCUCUGCCCGCAGCCAACCCUUCCUUCCCUUGCUAACCCGACGUGGAGCCUGGACAGGCUGUGUAUCUAUGUCACUGAUGAUACUUUCUAACGCUGACAUGUCUCCUUCCGUAAAGUGGUUUUUAAAUCUCGAGAAAAACCAAAUCGCAGACCAAAACAAAACAGUCCCCCCCUUUCCGAUUUUAUAGAAUCAGGAAAAUCUUGAAAAAAAAAAAAAAGGCUUUAUUCAAAAGAAGAAAAUAUGUACUGUUUCUACUCACUGCUCAUUUCACAGAUUCCUUUUGAGACUAAUUAGGGAAUGAGGGGAUUCUUGAAACUUUCUUGUUAUUUAAAGUUGCUUCCUGCCUUUUUUCACUUUUGGUCACUUAUUGAAACUUCAGUGAAACGUUAUUUUAGACCCAACAGUGGUAGAUGGAUUUUAGGGAAUACACGUGCUUGAUGUUACAAUCUUCCUGCUGUACAAUGUUGCCUUCCAUCCAAAUAAAUGGAAACUCUGAGCUUCCAUACAUCUGCUAUAUUGAAAUGGCAAACUUCAUGGCUAAAAAGUAAGGCAUUUGGCCACAAAACUUCUUAUAAAAAUGGCCUUAGGUAGCUAUUUCCUGGGCCCCACAAAGAUGGUUAUGGGAAUCCUGCACUGUUUUUUACCAUCUCAAAAAGCCCAAGAAAUCAUGUAUUUAACCAUGCAGAUAACAAUGUCCAAAACAUAAGGCCCGUGGGUGGGUGGAAAUGGAUGAAAGAGAUCAAAAGUUGGUGGGUAGUGGGGCACCUGGGUGGCUCAGUUGGUUAAGCAACAGACUC